CUUUACAUCAUGGCAUCGGUUCACCAGCCCUACCAGCUUUCCCGCCCUCGUAUGGUUUCCACAGCAAUUUGUUGGCCCAUGCUGUGCCCCUUGGUCAACGGCAGACUGGUGAGCGACUCGUCGGCUUGGUGAAGCAAACGGGCUUACGGAUUCGGCUGUGCUUCUUCAUUCCCGUCAGACAGAUAGCUGUACAACAUCCACAGUUUGUUUGAUAGGCUAUCUGGCUGCAGUGCGAACGAAGCUCUGCCUUUACCCGUGACAAUCUCGACCAAAGGCGCGAGCUUUGUCCAGCUCGGUGAAAACACUACGAGUGACAGGAAAUCUCCCCAAAAGUUCUCCACGUCCCCCGACAACAUGUUUGUCACAGCGCAGACAAGUACAGCCAUUCGAGGUGGCAAUGAUGACACUACUAGCAAGGCCAGAGUCGACUGGUCGACAGCUCAUCGGCCCACUGACGACGGUUUAUACCCCAUCACACAAUUGCAGGUUCGGCUUUGUCGAAUCUGGGAAUAGCGAUGCAUCGACCACCACUCUUGACACCAUCGGCUAUGCCUAUGGAAGCGAUUGUCCCAGCAUCCGGUCAUGUCUGCCGAGCAUGCCAACAGCAGUCCGGCGAGACUUCUACUCACCCGGUCUCUACUGUCCGAUGGGAUGGGAAAGGGCGACAAAGAUCACCCAUGGGAUGACCGACAGUGGUCGAGUAAUCAACAUCCUUCAAGCUCUUUCCACAGACGAAACACCUGCGUUCUGCUGUCCAUCCGGACUUACCUUUAGCUACACCGUCUGGUCCUCAACCGACGCCCUCCCUUGCUGCGCGUCAACCAUGAUAGAGCGGACCUUUACCUAUUGGACCUGCAACCCUCGAGGCUAUAGUCUUGAACAAAGGUUACGAGUGGGCAGGACAGUUACCCUGUCGGCAAUCACCUCCGAGCGCCUUGCUGUUCAAGCAACUAUUACGAUGGAAUCUCUUCCCAAUGUCUAUGGGAGACAAAACAUGGAUGCCAUCAACCCUAGCACUCAGGCUCCAACCUUGGUAGUUUCGUCAGCUAUCACCCGCGCGCCUGCCAUCCAGCUCGUCUGGCGCUCUAUCGACCUCCCCGCGGCAGCAAAUAACGGAACACCAAACGGCAAUUCUCCCUCGGUCAACACCGCCGGGGUAGUGGUGGGCGCUACUGUUGGUGCUGUGGUUGCGAUAUCCCUCGUUGUGUUCGUAAUCUGGCUCUGGUGCAGGAAAAAGAAAGAAAAGUCUGGCACUGUGCACGAAACUACGGAGAACACUGGAAACGUCGAUGAGAGCAAAGCUCAAUCAGAAUUGGCAACUGGAAGUGCUGUCGUAGAGCUGUCCACAGCUGGCAGUCCCCAAUUACCUGCCAGUCCAAUACCACUGCGCAAUGCUGAUGCUUCUGAUGGUUUGUUUAGGGCGGUAGAGCGGGAACUGAUAGCAGACCGUGAGUAGCGUAUGAGCUGGACUCUGAGCUCGACCGGCGCGAUGUCAGCGCCAAGUCUAUGUCUGAAGGACAUAAUGUUCCAACCACGGGCAGACUAGAAUAACUACAUCCUUUAUCUACAGAGAACUACACAACGUAGGUAUAUUUUCUUUCCA